GGGCAUGAGCCACCUGCUCCUUUUUAAUGUGCUCCCCCUUCACCACUCCGAGUGCCUCAUUAUUCCCUCAGAGGCAUGGAAGCCCUUGUUAUUGUGUUCCUUAGCAAAGCUGCACAUUAGCAGUGCUCCAUCGUUCCCUUGUACUCAACUCUUUCUCCACAUCCACUCCAUCACUGCUCGUUUGCUCUGAUGACGCCGUUGUGGGAGAUGCCAAUUGGCAUGGAUAUAAUUGGGAUGGGGAUGGAACCUUCUUAUACUAGGAGCUCUGCCGCUGUUGCACCACUCAUUACUCAUGCCACUACCACUAUGCCUGCGUACCUCUAUGGUUCUCUUCCGCCUGCUGCCAAUGGCAACAGUCUCCGCGAGAACGACCUAAUCGCCUUCUCUGACCACGAUCUCUUACCCUCUGCCGCCACCGACACCCACUUCUAUGCUACGACGGGGGCGUCUUCGAUGGCCGGAAGCGUUCCGCUCUUGGCGCAGGCCUUCUCGAACUUCCAGUCUCAGCAGAGCCAGUUCGAUCUUUGUAUGCCGCAAUGCGAGGACGCAGCAGAGCUCGAGUGGCUGUCCCAGUUUGUGGAGGACUCGUUCUCCGACGUGCCGUACCAGCCCAGCACGAGCAUGACUGCGCCCUCUUGUGAGGCGCCGCCUCGAGCGGAGCAGUUGGCCAAUGGUCGCGGAGCUCGGAGCAAGCGCUCGAGGGCAGCCCCUGGUGCGAUCGCCGGCCCCAACGCCGCCUGGUCCUCACUAGUGGCGCCACCGCAACCACCGGACCAUAACUCGCCUUCGUCCUCCUCCUCAUCCUCCGAGCUCCCACCGUCCAGGCCGACGGCCGACAAAGACAACAAGAACAGCAGGGGAAAGAAGGGCGGAUGGGGGGGCGUGGGGGUGGAGGGCGUGGUGCGGCGGUGCACGCACUGCGCGUCAGAGAAGACGCCGCAGUGGCGGACGGGGCCACUGGGGCCGAAGACGCUCUGCAACGCAUGCGGCGUGAGGUACAAGUCCGGGCGUCUCGUGCCGGAGUACCGCCCGGCGGCGAGCCCCACCUUCGUGCUCACGCGGCACUCCAACUCCCACCGCAAGGUCAUGGAACUCCGACGCCAGAAGGAGCUCCUCCUCCACCGCCACCAGGAGAUCGACUCCUCCGAUGCCGCCGCCGCCGCCGCACGGCCCGAGCAGCAAUUCGAUGACUAUGGCAUCUGCUGAGUUGACACAUCCCACGCCCCUGAAAACCGCCGCCGGCCGUCCCAUUCUACUCCCUAACUAAAAUUCUCCCCUCUAAAUUUGUGUACCUAUAAUUAAUUGCUUCUUGGGGCUGCUAAGAACACUAUCCACGAAUCGGACGGUUGAGAUCUUAUCAGACUUCUAA